AUGGACUCGUCACUGCUAUCGGCUCACCUCGAGCAGAUCCAGGCCUGUUGCCAGGGAAUCGAUUCCCUCCCAUUCCCGCCUCCCAGAAUCUUCACCAACGCCAUGCUCUCCAAGCACGACAUCACAAGCCUCAUCCGCGACACCGAAGCCCACGAACGCGCCCUCUUCUCCGUCCCGCCACCCCCUCCAGCCGCCACCGCGACAGCAAAGAAGCCGCCCUCCUCCAGACCAACCGAAGACGAGAAAGCCGAGUCCAAGCCCAGAAAUCGCCGACAGACAGUCUUCAACGUGGCCUCGGGAGAAGUCACCACAGGGCCGACGACGACUUCGUCCCGCGGCGGCGCCGGCGGCGGCGCCCCCCAUCGCCGCACGGCCGUGGCCGCCGUCCUGGGCGGCGAGAUGCACGAGCAGUUGCGGCGCGGGGAGACGGACCGCAAGGGCGACCUGGACGUGGAGGUGCUGCUGCGAGGCGCCGAGAAGCUGUGCGGCGUGUACGAGCUGCCCGGGGCGCGGGAGCGCAUCGCGGCGCUGCGGGCGAGGUUCCGGCACGGGAGGGACACGACGGCGUAUUACGAGGCCCGGGUGGCCGAGCAGGCGGAGCAGCUGGCGGGCAUGAAUAAUGACAAGGGGUGGAUGGGGGGCGAGGAUCAGGACCGGGACGAGGCUGGGACGGUCGUCGACGCCGGCGGGGAUGAGUGGACGGAGGAGGAUCUACGGAGGGAGGAGGAGGAGACGCGGCUGAUGGAGAGGAAGAAGAGGGAGCUGCAGGCGAGGUUGAGGUCCAUGGAGAAGGAUCUUGGCGGAUUGAGGAAUAUGUGA